AUGUCAUCAAGUACUCGAUUACAGGAUCAACCGACUCCAAAGGACGAGAAGAACGAGAAUGAUAAGAAAGAUGAAGAAGAAGAAGUCAUUUGCGUUGAGAAGUGGAAUCAAAGUGAUUUGAAAAAUGCUUGUGAUGAUUAUAUCCAGAAAUAUUUGACAAAAAAAGCGAAUUACAGACAGUACCAUACUCAUACCGACGUGAAGUUGGUCCUUGGGUAUUUAUCAUGUGUCUUUGCAUUGGGUGGCGGUGGAUAUACAUACUAUAUUCCGUUUGAAGAGUCUAAACAGUUGACUCUUAUCUGCGUUGUUGCGUAUCCUUUUUGUGAAGAAGGCUGGCUCUUAGCGCUUCAUGCGUUACUUAUUGAGCGUGAUAUUAUAUUUAUAGGCGUUCCAUCACAAGGAGAGAAGACUCACAAAUUAACAAUCCACACACAAACAAAGAAAUACUCUGAUAUUUAUUACAUAACCUUUGAAUCAUCGACCAACACAACUCGCAGCACUCAAUCCUCGGCUGCUGUAACUGCACAGUUUGUUGGUAAUGCCAAAUAUACAAUUGAAAAAUCCUUUGGCGCAUGGUUUGAUGAAAAUGGUGUCUUGGAUAUAGAAAAGUUUGGAGAGUGUAUUGAAGAAGGACUAAAAAUUGUCAGAUCAGGAGAAAAACCUCAUGAGGAAUGA